AAUGUUCUGCAAAACUGCACUUCUUCUUCUCAUCUGCUUGGGUUCAACUUUUGCUGAUUGCCCAGCAGCAUGGAAGACGAUCUUAAACUCCCAAUACAAGGAGAGUGAGGACAAUGGAUGUGAGCCUGGUUGGAAGUUCUUUAAUCGGCCUUCUGGAGGAUGGUGCAUGAGAGUAUUCGCUGGGUUCAACGCAAAAAAAGCUGACGCUGAAAAGUCUUGUCAAGCCGUAGGAUCGACACUUUCUGGAAUUCAGAACAAGAAUGAGGCAUUGUAUAUUCAAACUGCUCUCCUCGCUCAAAUCCCACAAUCCAGUGGCUCAGUAUGGAUCGGAAUCCAAAGAACCCAAAAAUGCCUGAAACAAAAACUCACUGCUGCCUGCUCAGCCCUCACCGCCUUUGAGUACACCGACAAAUCGGUAACCGGCACCGAUGGAUUCGUCUUCCAGAAAUAUCAACCUGAUAACUCACAAUUAAACCAGAACUGUGCACUUCUUCUAGCUUCAAAAACCCCGACUAUCCUGAAUGACCAAUAUUUUGCAGCGACGUUGGACGAUACAAAUUGCGAUGGAAUGCUCGAAGGUGAUGCGGCACGCGUUCUUCGUGGAUAUAUUUGUGGAAAGAAGGCUGAUAAAUAAAAAUAUGAUCCCAAUAAAAACGUUUAUU